CAUUUUUCACAGAUAGAAGAUGACAAUGGCCUGUUGAACUUCCCUAAGUUUGAAGCUUACCUGAGAGAGUUGUUACAGGUUGGAUAAGAUUGUACAUUGAUAAAAUUAUCUGUAAAUCAGAUCCAGCCUACUGAAAUGCUGUAAAUGCUGUAUGUUUGUUAGCUUGCCAGUAAGCUCUUCUAUUUGGGCGAGCAAAGAGAGCCAUGCAAGAAUGCGCAAGCGAGUGGUGAAGCUGCAAGGGGCCUUUCUCUCCCCCGCUUUCACAUCUUCUCUCCUGUGUCUACUUUUUAUGAUAUCCUCCAGCUAUAGAGCUUGCUUGCAAGCUAGCUUUUUGUUGACUUUUAUUUUUCUUUUCAGCUUCCUGCAGCCAUUGGAGAGGCUCCCACAUUUGGCUUUACUGAGCACAUGGCAAAUAAAUUCUUCAAGCCAGACGGGGUGAGAAGCUUAACUAUUACUUACAUGACAGUAGUAUUUUACUUAUUCUGGCAACCAAAAUAUUUCCUCUUAUUGGAUAUAAUUUUUGUAUUCCAUUGGAAAGUUUAAUGAAGUCAGAAAUCCAAAACUUGAUUCCCCAGUUAGAUGCAUACAAAAUGUAGUUUAAAUUAAUAAUACAUUUAAUUAGCAGUGAUUUUGUUACCUCUGUAUCCUGCGUCAUAAAAAUUCCUGAAAAUGCAAAAUAAUUCUUAGCAUGCAUCCUGUAGGAUGCAAAGAUCAAUCGACAUGAGCUUGUGUCUUUUCUUAGAAAUAUCCUUUUUGUGUGUUUUCUGUGGUCUUUAUUUAAAAAAAUUUAAUCUUGUUUAAUUACAGGUUAACACAUUCAGCAUGUGAAUUAUCGGGAUUUAGCUGCACAAGUUCACUAACAAUAAACAAGAAAUAAUUUCAAUACUAGUGCGGUGAAAAUUUGAGUUCAUUGUUAGUGACCAAGCACAGGUAAAUCCCGAUAAUUUACGAACAAUGAGUGUGUUUACAUUUUUAUUAUUCAAACUGAAUGCACUGCACAAAGCUGGCAAAACUGUUGACAGCAUGCAAAAACACCUCAACUAUCUUGAAUGAAAAAUUAAAAUUUGCAACCCUUCCUUUCAUAACAGAUAUUCCCCAAGCAGUUGUUUUCUUGGUGUUUUUAGAAAUUUCAUCUUCAGUAAGAGAAUCAAUGUUUGCAUCUGACAAAUCAUCAAACUUUGAGUCAGCCGAAUCCAUGGUGUAAUGACAGUGGUGCAUGGAAUUUACACCAUGGAUAUUACACCACAAUAAUAACAUCAACGUGGUUGUUUCAUCAAAACCCAGUAUCAUGUGGUACAAAUCAGUGAAUCAGAAAAUCGGAAUUUGUACAGUGUAUGAAAGUUGAAUAAUAAUGAUGUAUUAUUUCUUUAAGCCUCUCAACUGACUGCUUUAAAAUAGAAGAAGUAUAUUUUAAUUAGUUCAGAAAACUAAAUUGUUUAGUACUAUGUUUUGGAGCCCACGCAUUUUCAAUUUCCGACUCAUUUCUUUUUGAACUGGGACUCACAUUGGUUCCUGGACUUGGACAUAUGGCUUUUCACAAGAUGAGUCCCAGGACUGAUCACCAUAAUUAUUUGUAACAAAAUCACUGCAUUUAAAAUCGUGAAUUGUAUUCAACUCUGCAUAGUCAAUUUGGAACCAGUGAAGAAGUAAAGUUUGGUGUAUAAUUUCCUUAACUAUUGUACAAGCGAAAACCAAGGAUAAAAAUAAGCCACAACAUAAAUGGUGCAUGUUAAGAUAACAAUGACCCUUUUUAUUUUUGGCAGCAGUGCUUUACAGAAUGCCAAACAACAGUUUAUGACUCUUAGUUAUUAGGGUCGGUUGGUAAACUGAGUGAAUCAAGUCCCAGUGUGCUCUUGUAUACUGGUCCACAAUGGAACUUGAUUCCUUACUCUGUAAUUACUUUAACAUCAGAGACAUUUGGCUUUUAGUGGCCAUUUGGCAUUUAGACUGCGAGCAGUCUCUUAUUUUUCUUUGCAUUACUGCACAGUAAACCUAAUCGCGCGAGCAGCGAAGCCGCUUGCCACGAGAAACAAGGGCGUAAGCCUGAUAAAAAAAACAUCGUGGUUUGCAAUCGCGCUGGAUGAGAUCAAGAACUAGACGGAUUUUAAGAGAAAAGGUGCACUGCAAGCAGUCUAUUUGGCAUUCUGCAAAACACAUAUGCCACAGUCCUUUAACUGAAAACACACUGCAUGUACGUGUACUAGCACAUCUACAGUCAUUUUUUUCUUUGUUGUUAUGUAUUUCAGCCACUAAAACAUAAUGAAACAGGACUUCUGAAUUUCUUGGAAUGUGUC